CAUGAUUGUUCUACAUUUAUUUUGCGUCAUCUCUCUUCUACUUAUCUACACAUCUACUGCCCAAAUAGAAGUUCACCGAGGAGGUAGUGUUAACUUAGACGAGGUUAUUGCCGCCAUCUUUGGUAAUCUUAAAGGGGAGAAGGAUUGUGUUUAUGAAGCUGAAACAAUGUACCGAUGCCGCCGCAUCGGCUCUAUUCGACCGAAGAUUUUUCCAUGUGACCUGACAAACGUUCGUGUGGUCUACACUCAUAAUGGCUCACCUUUUUUCGACCGUUUCCAAAUAGAAUUUAAACGAUACUCAACCAACAAUUCAACAAUUAACGUUCAAAAGUUUACGUUAAAUUUGACUGUAAUUGAACCAGUUAACUCUGUGUUCAAUAUCCGUCAAACACUUAAAGUCACAAUUCUUAAUGUUAGCAAGCCAAUCGACGACACUUUCCUUACGUUCCGUUACGACUAUUCUCAAAUAUUGGACACUUGUGAUGUGGCAGUUGGAGACGAGGAAUGGCCAGCUUACGGUAGCCUACAAUUUCAAGGGGAUUGCAAAGACUUUCUGCUUGUUUCAGCUGUUUAUAAUCAGACAAAACAGCCCAAUCCCGGUCUUGAUUAUAUACCUAUAAAAGCGGUUAUUGAGAAAAAAGAUAGUAUAGCCAGUAACGAGAUCUUCUACCUUCCCGUUAAUAUUGUUGGACCUUUUCAUAAUAUUGCACCUGAAAUUCAUUGGAAAAAAGACGAAGUAAUUUUAAAAUCAUCUUCCUCUUUCCUUCUUGACCAUCACCUUCUCACCGUGAGAGAUCCGGACGGUGACGACGACCGACUGCUAGUAAUCGAAGUGAUCGAUGCGGGAGACACCAUAAUUACUUUCCUCCAUGCUGAUGGUCAACACGUCACCUGCUUUUCAGCAGCUCAGUUAAAACGCGGUCAGAUCAUUAUUUGGGCGCCAAGUAUUCGAUACGAUAAGGUUGUGAAAUUAAGGGCUCGAGCUAGAGACCGGUGGCUAUUAUCUAGUAAAAUAGCAACAAUUCGUAUCCGAAUAGACGCUUCUCCAUUUCAAAGACUGGAUGCGUGGGCCCAAGGUGAAUUACUCGUAAGACGGUUUGGAAUUGUUACUAUCAAUAACCUAAAAGUGAUCAGCUCGAAUGAAAACGUUAGAAUAUACGUAAAGGCACUACCUGCGUUAGGUAGCUUAUCAAUUAAUCAAGAGAUUUCCUUAGAAGAUUUGAGAAAGGGCCGCCUUAAUUAUCGACACCAAUCGACGUCAGAGAAAUACCACGAUCAAAUAAUCUUUACAAUAUUGUCUUCGCAGACUACUAAACAAGUCAUAGUAUCAAUUCGAAUAGUUUCGUUAGAAAUUCCAAAAAUUCACAUAAUUACGCCCGAUAAACCCAUUAAAAUUAAUGAACAGACUCGAAUAACCAAUCGUCAUCUGUCGACUAACGAGAUGGACGGGGAGGAUGUUAUUUUCAGAAUAGUUCAGGAACCGAAUUGUGGACGAAUUAUUAGAAAAACUAGAGAUUAUCAAAGUGGAAAAACGAUAGUUUCCGAUUUCUCUCAACAUGAUAUUCGACUCGGUCGAAUAUACUACAGUCCAAAAACAAGCAUAAACUGCCAUAAACGGGAUUUGAUUAUCGUUAAGGCAAGAAAAUGGUGGAAUAAGGGAAAAUGGUCAGUAGAAAGAAAAGUUCGCUUUAAAGUCAGAGUAAAAACAACGUCUCCCACCGAUUUAAUUAAAGCAUAUGCAGGUGCACCUGAUUCGUUAGAGAUUCCCGAAACACAUAUGGCUCGCCUUUCUUCUUUAUUUUUCUAUUAUGAGCCAUCAAAUGUACUCUUUCGCAUCGUCAAACAGCCGUAUUUUAGCGGCUCGAAUGAUACAAUCGACGCUGGAAUAAUUGCAUUAAUUCACGACUUGAAUGAACUUCGAAGCCGAAUAAACAGCAAUCUUUCCUUAGCUACUGAAUUUAGUAAAAAUGAUAUUAAAAGAAACAGAGUAAUAUAUUUUCCUCCAUUCGAAGAUAUUGGUUAUGAAAAGCGAUUAGUAACAUUUGCAUUUCAACCUUUCAUUGGAAAGCAUAACGGGGCAAUCCGUAUCAUCCGGAUUACCUUAUUACCAGUCAAUAAUAAAGCACCACAAGUUAUGCCAACUAAAUUAGCUCUACAGCAAGGCUCUAAGAUCUCCUUUAAUUUAAAUAUUUACGAUGAGGAUACCCGUGAUGCUGACAUUCGUAUUCAACUAAGAACUCCACCAAAGGAGGGAUCUGUCAUAUUACUCUCAAAUACCUUAAAAUCUGGCCAAUCGUUUUCGUUGGCCGAUACGAAGAAGGGCUCCUUGAUAUAUAUUCACGACAACCGGUCAUUAUCGAUAAGGGAUCAAAUUUCAAUAGAAGUUGACGAUGGUCGACACAAGGUAAACUCUUCUAUAGACAUCGAUAUCCAACCACAUACCCAUGAAAUAAUUAAAUCUUACGCUCAAACUAUUCAAGUUGAAGAAAGAGGCUCUGUUCAGAUUUCAUCUCUUAAUAUAUUUAAAAAAGAGAGGCGAGUAAAGUAUCGACUAAUUCGUCCACCAAAGUAUGGUACUUUAAACUCAUCUUUCAGCCAAAGAGAUAUUUUAAAAGGCAAAAUCCUUUAUCAACACGUCUCGGGAGAGAUUGGAGCCGAAGAAUUAACCGACUUUUGCCUUUUAGAAGGCAAAACAAAAAAACAAAUUCGUCAUGUCAAACUUGUUUUCGUUAUUAUUCCAAUUGAUAAGAAAUCGCCUGUUAUUAAAAAUGCUAGUCCUCUAUUUAUAAAUGUAAAUGGAGAUUCUUGCAUAACAAAUAAUGAAUUAACCGUUGAAGACCCUGACUCAUUGCUAGAUUAUGUCAAUUUCGCCAUUAUACGUCAACCCCGAUUCGGAGCUUUAUUGAAAAGGAAUUUAACACAAAUAUUGUGGCAUUUUUCAUUAAAAGAUAUUUACGAACACCGAAUUAUUUACCGAACUGCUAAAGGAAACAAAGGAAGGAAAGAUUCCUUUGAAAUUUAUGCAACAGAUGGGAAAAAUUAUUCCCCACCUACUACGAUUAAUAUAUUGAAUAGAAAAGAAACAAAAGUUAUGGCCGAUUCGAUUAAGGGAAAAUUUGUAAAAAAUUCUUUUGGCCUUAAAAAGAAUUCCCUAAGAGUUGUAGAAAGACGAGAAACUGCUCUAACUGAAUAUCAUUUGAGUAUUUCGGGAGCCAGAACUAUUCCAGCGGCUGAUAUCAAAUAUACGGUGACAAAAGCACCAACUCUUGGAAUUUUGCAUUAUAUAACAGAUAGAGGGCGUAGCGUGACGUCUUUUACACAGGCGGAUAUUAAUGCCCAGAAGCUGGCUUAUGCACAUCAUUCAAAAUUAGAUAUAAAUUCUGACAGGUUUAAUUUUUCAGUUAGAAUAUCUAAUAGUAAAGUAAUAGAGGACAAUUUACUAAUUCAAGUAAAAUGUAUUGAUGUAGAAUUGCCGACUGUAACGGUUUUUCUACCAUUAACAGUUGGACAAGGGGAAAAGAGUAAAAUAAGUAGAAAAAAUCUAUUUACAUCGGAUCCUGAUACUGAUUCAACUCAGAUUAUAUAUAAGAUUAUAUCUCCACCGUUUAAUGGACAAAUUCUUGUGGGUAAUGAUACUGUAAAGAAUAACUUUAGUCAAUUUGCAAUCGAUAAUGGAGACGUUUAUUAUAGAAGCGAUGGUUCGGAUAAUUCUAUUGACUUCUUCCUCCUUCACCCUUCAGACUCACACAAUUUAGGGUUUCUGCGCAACGAGACUGUAAUGAAAACAUCACUCUUUUUCACAGUACUCAUUCAGCCACCAACUGUGUAUGUACCUGUCAUUCGCAAUAAGAUCCCCGAUAAGAUUCAAUACUUUGACAAAUAUAGAAAGUAUGGGUUUUUAAUAUCUGAUUCAUACUUGAAAGCUGAUAGUAUGGAUGUGACAUUUUUAAUUCAUUCCACGACUACGCAAGGUUAUAUUUAUGAUCUUAAGGAAAAGAGCAGAAUUUUUAAUAAUUUUACUCAAAAGCAAGUUGAUGAUGAUCAAAUAGCUUUUCUACUCAAUAAGAAUACUUUAAGAACGGAAGACUCUUUCAAUUUCACAGUAAUAUACGGACAUGGACAUUCAUUGCCUAAUAAUCAAUUCAAAGUCCAAUGGUCUACAGCUAUUUUCUCCAAAACCAGACAUAUAAUUUGCGAAGAUGUUGGCCUAUACGAUAUACUUAUUCAACGAUUAGGUAAAAACGAUAUAGAGGCAAAUAUUCGAGUGAAAGUCAAAGAAAUUACUGCAAAUACAUUGUCGGAUUUUAUACCUGUUAGUCCAUCUAUUGUGCAUUUUGAUGUAAAACAAACGGUGGCCAAAUGGACAAUACGAACAGUACUUGAUAAAGAAACUGAAAAGAAUGAAAGAUUCGAAUUAGAGUUGAUCGAUGGCGAAAACGUAGUUGUCGGAUUUCGUAAAAAGGCCUCUAUAGAAAUUGUCAAUUUUGACAGAAAAAAAUGCGAUGAAUAUAUCGGUAUGGUGACAUCUUUGUCGAAAUACGAGAAUGAAGCGAUACCGCGAACAACCAGGAGCCGAUAUAAGAAACGACAUAAGAAGCUCAAAAGGAGAAAAGAGAGAAGCGGAAUGAGCUGUGGGCGAGAUUCACUUAAUUUCGUAAAAUUAGAUGUGAAAACGUCAAAAACGUUCAGAUGCAACGGAGUUGAAUGGGAAGAAUGGAAUAAAGAGCUUGAUUCCCAACAAAGAAAUGAUCAAGUGACAAUGACCUGUCCAUUCGGUUGGAUAAAUCAAAUAAAUGGCGCCUGUUACAAGGUCUUUCGAAAACGACUCAAUUGGAUUGACGCAAGAAAAGAAUGUGCGAAAAUUGGAGGAGAGUUGCCCAGAAUUAGGAACCAUAAUCAUCUAGCUCGAUUGCUUACUUUAAUGAAAAGACCUUUUUGGACUUCUAUUAAAUAUAUUGAGGGCCGUUGGGUAUCAAUUGGAGGUAAAUCGGUGAAUUAUCUUCGGUGGAAAAGAGGAUAUCCUCGUAAGCAUAAGAGGAGAAGGCUCCCUAAAACUUGUGUACAAGUUGACGGUCGGGGACAAAUGGUAAAUCGUGUAUGUAAUGGAAGAUCAUAUUUUCUUUGUUAUCAAAAAGCAGCUUAA